GCGCGUCCUCCGGCUGGACCAUGUCGGGCGGCUCGGCCAAGAAGCGCGGCUCGGCGGCAGCGGCCGAGGAGGCGGAGGAGGCGCGCGGGAUGCUGGCGGGCCCUCGGGGCAACGGCUGCGCCUCGGCGGCGGCGGCGGGCGCCGGGGCUGCGGGCGAAGGGGCGGCGGGCGGCGGGGUGGCGCUGAAGCGCAACAUCACGCUGCUGAACGGCGUGGCCAUCAUCGUGGGCACCAUCAUCGGCUCGGGCAUCUUCGUGACGCCCACCGGGGUGCUGAAGGAGGCCGGCUCGCCCGGGCUGGCGCUGGUCAUCUGGGCGGCGUGCGGCGCCUUCUCCAUCGCGGGCGCCCUCUGCUACGCCGAGCUGGGCACCACCAUCUCCAAGUCGGGCGGCGACUACGCCUACAUGCUGGAGGUCUACGGCUCGCUGCCCGCCUUCCUCAAGCUCUGGAUCGAGCUGCUCAUCAUCCGGCCCUCCUCGCAGUACAUCGUGGCCUUCGUCUUCGCCACCUACCUGCUCAAGCCCAUCUUCCCCACCUGCCCCGUCCCGCUGGGCGCCACCAAGCUCAUCGCCUGCCUCUGCGUGCUGUUGCUCACAGCGGUCAAUUGCUACAGCGUGAAGGCGGCUACUCGUGUGCAAGACGCCUUUGCAGCCGCCAAGCUCCUGGCCCUGGCCUUGAUCAUCACUCUCGGCUUUGUGCAGCUCGGGAAGGGUGAUGUCAUCAACCUCAGCCCUGAACAUUCCUUUGAUGGCACCAAAACAGACGUUGGCAACAUCGUCCUGGCCUUGUACAGCGGCCUCUUCGCCUACGGAGGAUGGAAUUACUUGAAUUUUGUCACAGAAGAGAUGAUCAACCCUUACAGGAACCUCCCUCUGGCCAUCAUCAUUUCACUGCCCAUCGUCACCUUGGUCUACGUGCUGACCAACCUGGCUUACUUCACCACCUUGACGGUCAACGAGAUGCUGGUGUCAGAAGCUGUUGCCGUGGAUUUUGGAAAUUACCACCUGGGUAUCAUGUCUUGGAUUAUCCCUGUUUUUGUGGGUUUGUCUUGCUUUGGCUCCGUCAACGGCUCCCUUUUCACUUCGUCCCGGCUUUUCUUUGUAGGUGCUCGGGAAGGCCACCUGCCUUCCGUCCUGUCCAUGAUCCACCCCCGGUUGCUCACCCCUGUGCCCUCCCUCGUCUUCACGUGCCUCAUGACUUUGCUCUACGCCUUCUCCAAUGACAUCUUUUCGGUGAUCAACUUCUUCAGCUUCUUCAACUGGCUCUGUGUGGCCCUGGCCAUCAUCGGCAUGAUGUGGCUCCGGUACAAGAAACCGGAGUUAGAGAGGCCAAUCAAGGUUAAUCUGCUGUUGCCCAUUUUCUUCGUCCUUGCGUGCAAUUUCCUCAUUGCCGUCUCCUUCUGGAUGACCCCGAAAGAAUGUGCCAUUGGCUUCGCCAUCAUCUUCAGCGGAGUCCCCGUGUACCUGAUUGGUGUCUGGUGGAAAAACAAACCGAAGUGGCUUCUGCAGAGCAUCUACUCCACCACAGUCGUGUUCCAGAAGCUGAUGGAAGUGGUUCCUCAAGAGACUUAAAGAAGGAGGGCAGUGAAACCAUCGAUCUUUAGUUCAAGCCAACGCACAACAUUGUUUUUGAAACAUAAGUAUGUCUGAUUGCUCCCUGGAAAAAUGGAAACCGCAGAGGCAGCCCGGAGACCUCUCGGGACCCCCUGCUUCUGCCCACCUCUGGUCCUCUUGAGGCCUUCUCCAACUCCGACCAGGCCGUUGAGAAGUUGCUGGCGGAGAAGAACGAUCCCGGGUGCAAAUUUUAAAAAUUGGGAAGAGGAGGUCGCUUAGAAGAGAAAAGAGGCCUCCGCCCAAAUCGAGAAAACGGGGAAGCCCACAAAAAUGUUUUGUUUACAUGCUCAACUAUGGACUUUAUUUAGUUUCUCCACCAGCUGUCUCAACUUUGGCAGAAAAAAAGGGGAAAAGAAAAAAACAGACGAUGGCUGAGGUCCAGCAACGUAGAGUAUUCCUCAAAAGUCGUCUGCCGACACCAAACACUCCUUGCCAACAAAGGGGGCCCUGCAGAAGAAGAGAGAACCCCACAAACUGGCAGCAGGCUGAGCGGCUCCCACCUCAGCUCUUUUCAUUCUCAGCGGACUAAGUAGUUCUGACAUGAGUAUUUUUUUAAAUUGUUUAAUUUUUUUAGUGACAUUAUUUUUUAAGUUUUCUUCUCCUUAGGACUCCCACAUGACCAUGUUGUGUCAAUUUCCCAUAAGGGGUUUUGUACAGUUUCAUUUGGCAUCCUGACGAAUUCCCCCAUCCGGGUCAGGCUGAAAUUUCUAGACACUCCUCAGACUAGGAUGGAUUCAUGCAACAGUCUCUACAGCAGUACUUCUCAAUUUGGGCCAGUUUAAGCCGUAGGGACUUCAACUCCCAGAAUUCCUGGCUGGGGAAUUCUGGGAAUUGAAGUCCAUACAGUUUAAAGUGCCCCACAUUGCGGAAAAACUGCUCUAAAGCCACUGAAUUUACCAGUUGGGGGAAUGUGAUGCACUUGACGUUGGAAAGUUUUCUUACCUGGCAUCCUUGUUUGAACCUCAUUUCCUAUCGGCAUUCAGUGGUUCUACUAAACUUACUACAUUUUUGUUUCCUCAUUGUGCAGAAUGUCAUUUGUUACAGCACCAUAAAUGUAUUCUUAAGAAAGGGCUGGAGGUGACUAUCCUGUGCGGGGGAUGACAUGGGAAGCAUAAGGUAGAGGAGGGCACCAAGUGGGAACAAGCAGAACAUCAGUGUUCUGUGCACGUCUGCUUGUUCGUGUGUCUGAUUGUUUAUGCAUGCGUGUCUGCUUCUGUGGCUCUUUUCUUGAUCUGUAGCGUUUCUCAAACAUGCAGCUAGACUUUGGCCAAGCAAGCAAAGGCUAGGCUUCUGAGUUGUAGAGCAAAGAAUUGAAAUCAGCACUCGUGGGAUUUAUUGUCUGUUACGGCUCUCUUAUGGGACCACAUUGCUUAGAAUUGGGUGGGAUGAUUCGACCCAUGGGAUCUGUUUUUCUUUCUCUUCCGUUCUCGGGGAAUGUGGUCUGGAAAGUUUGGUUUCUCUAGAGGGGGGUGUCCAACCUUGGCAACUUUAAGACUUGUGCACUUCAACUCCCAGAAUGUCUGGAUCCCAGAUGCGUGGACUUCAACUCCCAAAAUUCCCCAGCCAGCCACUGAAGUUGAAGAGUUGAAGUCCACGCAUCUGGGAUCCAGACAUUCUGGGAGUUGAAGUGCACAAGUCUUAAAAGUUGCCAAAGGUUGGACACUUCCAAUUUCAACUUGAGCUGCGGAAACUUUCAGCCAGCAUUCGGGCAGAAAUCCAGGCAGACAGCACUUCCAUUGAAUAUAGUAUAUAAAUCCAAACUUUAUACCGUCAAACAGGAUGCAAGAAGUGGUUUUCCUUUGUUCUUGCUUGCAAGAUGCUAACCUGUGCAUUUCUGCAUUGUUUGCUUCACGGAGUUGUGUACAUUGUGGUUAUCGAAACAUGGAAACAGGCAAAAUAAUUUGGCUGAAGUCGAGAGGGGGGAGAAUAGCUAAGGGCACCCCAUCUGUCAGUUGUGAUGCCAACAAAUGCAGAUUCUAAAACCCAGGCGCCACAAUGUCGAACAUCAUAAUGGGGGCAUUUUUAACUGUUUCUGCCAGGGUUUCUAGAGGCCUCCGUGCAGCUGUUCCGAAUACACUUCCCAGAUCUGUGGUCUAUUGCAAAAUGAUUUUUCUGCCUCUAUUUCCUAAUAUUAAGGAAAUGGGCUGCCGUUAACAAUUUCCAAAUAGUAUGGCAAUUCAGAAGUGCUGAAGUCAUCGUAGUGGUCAUAUUUUACAAAGAGGGACAAUCCCAUCAUUCUCCAGCACAUCUGGCGACGUUUUGGUCCCCUUAUUGUUAAAGUGCUCUUUUGUCCUGUGGACAGUAUGGUGCCCAGAUCUCCUGUCCUCCAGAUGUGUUGCAUUACAACACCCAUUGUCCCCCGCCCACCCAAUUCACUCUUUCUACAAUGAGCCAUGUAGUAGUUUCCCAUCCAAAUUGUGCACCUGCUGUGGGAAUCCCCCUGGCUUUGAACAUUAUUCCACCCACCAAUUUAGUACGCUGGCGUUUUUUUCCUGAAGGAGGGCAGACAUGUGGAGUGUAGACCCAGGUGAGAACUGCAACAACGGUUGCAGUUCAGAGCUUUCCGACUCAUUCUCUUCCCCUGGGGUCAUGCCCUUCUGCUCCACCCCGCUCAUUUCCCCUGCUUACCGCUCAAGAAUAUUUGGCAUUCUCUAGCUAUUUAUUAAGCACCCUCACGUUUUGCAGAGCUUUGUAGAAUCGCUUUUGUGUGUCCCCACCCCACCCCGUUCCUUUUGUUCUUAUUGUUUUGGGACUUCCGCAAAGGGGCUCAUUGCCCGUUUUGGCUUCGGUUGUGCUCACCGUUACCAGUGGAGCCGAGAAGUCAAACCUCGCAGGCUGCAACUUGGUAAAAGAAACCAGCCUGCCAACCUAACAAUUGCUCUGCUUUCUUGUGCAUUGCCCAGCUGUCUUUCACCACGCCUUUUCUUUCAGCCACGUAGUCCAGUUAUGCACCUCUUUGUGCAUCGGCCUGGUUGACUUUCUAGUUGCUUAUGUCAAGCGCACCUCAAGAAAAGGCUAAGUGUGCAAUUCAACGGAAGCCUAGCCAAGUUCAUGAGCGUUGGGCCCAAAAUCCAUUGCUGGUCUUCUGAAACCACAAGGCCCCAAUGACUGAGGAGAGAGCUCCCCAGCUGGUUCCUAAACAAAGGUGAUGUUUCUUCAAAUAGAGCAGAGGGGUGUCCAAGCUUGGCAACUAUAACACCUGUGCACAAUGGCUGGCUGGGGAAUUCUGGGAGUUGAAGUCCACAAGUCUUAAAAGGUGCCAAGCUUGGACACCCCUGAACUAGAGUGGAAUGGCCAUCUAGGCAACCUGUUAUGGUUCUUCUGAACCUCUUACAGUUUGUCUUAUGGACAAUGAGGCUCAUUUCAGGAGUGCUCGGGCAAAUGACCAAACAUGCUCCAAAAAAUGGUGCUUUUCGGAAGAAUGCAAAAAUCGCAGGAUUUGUGCCCUUCCAGGCCCGGGUUUUCUAAGCAAUUUGCUUGAAAAGUUCAUGCGGAUUUCCCUUGUCUUAGGUUGCGUCUCUGUCCUUAAUCAGUCUUCUUUUUAAUUCCUUGGAAGCAGAUUAAUCGCAUGAUGUUUGCACAGGCAACAGGGUUGUUAUCUUUGUAACUACUGAGUGAAAUCUGACUCCUUAGAAAUCUAUAUUUUCUUUUAAUAUAGUUUUUUUUAUAAAAUAAAAAGAAAUAAAGUCUUUAAGCUAAGGAAAAAAGAAACAUAAUUUUAAAAACUUUUUGUUACAUUUGAAAAAUAAAUAUUUUUACUAAUUUAAUUAUUGUGCUCUAUUUUAAACGAGUGAGUAUCGGAAAGUGCAGCUCUAUUAUCUAAUAUUUUGCAUUUGUCCAUAUAGAGUUGAUCCAAGAUUUGUGCUGCUUUUUUUUUUAUGAGUUCUGUAGUAAAAAGAGUCAAUUUUGCCUUGUAAAAAAAAUGUGUAAUGCAGUCCAGUCUGUCUUUUUUACUGUGUUUUUCUCCCCUUCUGGAUUUGUUAUUGUUCAUUAUAAACCAUGGCUAUUCCAUUUUAAAUGUUCUGGUUUUUAUUUGAACAAAGUUUUCUGAAUUUCAA